AUGAGGGCGACACUACGGCUCCUGGCUAAUGUUAAGCCGGCCAGGUAUCUGGAACCCUUCACCCCGACUGGUCUUACCGGCCUUUCAACCCACCCUAGCCCGCGACCAACCCUCAUCUACCUCUACACCACAACGCUUGAGAAACUAAAGACGAUCCCGGAGUCCUCUGUAUAUCGCAAAUCGACAGAGGCCCUCACAAAACACCGAUUGGAUGUUGUCAAGUCCACGAAGCCACCCGGGUUCGACGCUUGGCUCGAGCGAGUAAAAGCCCUUGUCGCCGAGAACCCAGAGAAAUAUAAGGCCGCUCUACGGCCUGACGGUUCCUACGCUGCAUUCCAACUGGGAGAAGAUACCACCCCAAAGGGAGAUGAGCUCUGGGGUGGAGAUACGUCCUCGGAGCAACAGGAGGGCGCAUAUCUGAGCGAAGAGCAGAUGGAAGCGCGCAUGAAGGAAGCGGAGGCCGAGGCCGCCAAAUGUGCUACGCCCGAUAUCCAUUGGGAGUCCGAACCUCCACUCGAGGCUGCACAGAUCUCCGAGAUUGAAAACAAAAUUGGCGCUGGAUUGAUAGAGGAGGUCAUCCAGGUUGCUGAGGGUGAACUGAAGCUCGUGGAUGAGAUGGUUAAGAGCAAAGUCUGGGAGGAACUUGUGGAAAAACCCAAGCCAGGCCAAUGGACCUACUUUGAGAGGACCGAGGAGCCCAGUUCAUAA